CCUCGUUGACUAAUUUCACCGGAUCCAGCGCCCUGUUUUUUCUUUUUUUCCUCUUUCUUCAUUUUCUGCUCGUAUUAACUAACAAUAAACACUUUUGUGACCAUUUUCAAGAGUGAAAAAGAAAACAACAACAGAAUGGACGAAUAUCAUAACGAGGGCUCGUUCAACACCGAAGAAGCUGAUAACAUUGUCAAAGAGUGUAUCGAGAAUGUGGUGGCCAACGAUGAUUAUAACCAGAAUCUGGUGAACAAAUGGACCUCUGCUAUAGUAGAGCGCUGCCUCACACAGCUGGUCAAACUGGGAAAACAGUAUAAGUUCAUCGUUACGUGUGCCCUGAUGCAGAAAACUGGUGCCGGGCUCCACACAGCUAACUCCUGCUACUGGGACACAGCCAUGGACGGUAGUUCCACAGUGAGGUGGGAAAGCCGCACCAUGUACUGUGUGGUCAGCGUGUUUGCCGUUGCCACUGCUUAGAAUGCAAGAGUUCAUCUUUGUGUUCCUGGGAAAGAAUUGAAGAACUCCAAGUGCCACUUCCAUACACAGGCUGUGAGCGCACAGUAUGUGUAUAACUUUUUUGGACUGUACUGCGCAUAAUAUUGAAAAGAAUUGUACCACAUACUGCAGCUCCAAACACCUAUUUUGCACGAUUGGACACAUUAAUUAAUUACUGUGACAAUAAAGCUGUUCUCUUCUAUUCUACAGUGGGGCAAAAAAAAGUACUUAGUCAGCCACCAAUUGCGCAAGUUCGCCCACUUAAAAAGAUGAGAGAGGCCUGUAAUUUUUAUCAUAGAUAUACCUCACCUAUGAGAGACAAAAUGAGGGGGGAAAAAUCCGGAAAAUCACAUUGUCUGAUUUUUAAAGAAUUUAUGAGCAAAUUAUGAUGGAAAAUAAGUAUUUGGUCAAGAACAAAAGUUCAUCUCAAUACUUUGUUGGCAAUGACAGAGGUCAAAUGUUUUCUCUUAAGUCUUCACAAGGUUUUCACACACUAUUGCUGGUAUUUUGGCCCAUUCCUCCAUGCAGCUCUCCUCUAGAGCAAUGAUGUUUUGGGGUUGUCGCUGGGCAACACAGAGUUUCAAUUCCCUCCAAAGAUUUUCUAUGGGGUUGAGAACUGGAGACUGGCUAGGUCACUCCAGGACCUUAAUAUGCUUCUUAGGAAGCCACUCUUUCGUUGCCCGGGCGCUGUGUCUGGGAUCAUUCUCAUGCUGAAAGACCUAGCCACGUUUCAUCUUCAAUGCCCUUGCUGAUGGAAGGAGGUUUUCACUCAAAAUCUCACGAUACAUGGCCCCAUUCAUUCUUUCCUUUACACGGAUCAGUCGUCCUGGUCCCUUUUCAGAAAAACAGCCCCAAUGCAUGAUGUUUCAACCCCCAUGCUUCACAGUAGGUAUGGUGUUCUUUGGAUGCAACUCGGCAUUCUUUCUCCUCCAAACACGACAAGUUGAGUUUUUACCAAAAAGUUCUAUUUUGGUUUCGUCUGACCAUAUGACAUUCUCCCCAUCCUCUUCUGGAUCAUCCAAAUGCUCUCUAGGAAACUUCAGACGGGCCUGGACACGUACUGGCUUAAGCAGGGGGACACGUCUGGCACUGCAGGAUUUGAGUCCCUGGCGGCGUAGUGUGUUACUGAUGGCAGCCUUUGUUACUUUGGCCCCAACUCUCUCAAGGUCAUUCACUAGGUCCCCCUGUGGGGUUCUGGGAUUUUUGCUCACCGUUCUUGUGAUCAUUUUGACCCCACGGGGUGAGAUCUUGCGUGGAGCCCCAGAUCGAGGGAGAUUAUCAGUGGUCAUUUUCUAAUAAUUGCUCCCACGGUUGAUUUCUUCACACCAAGCUUACCUAUUGCAGAUUCAGUCUUCCCAGCCUGGUGCCGGUCUACAAUUUUGUUUCUGGUUCAGCUCUUUGGUCUUGGCCGCAGUGGAGUUUGGAGUGUGACUGUUUGAGGUUGGGGAUAGGUGUUUUUUAUACUGAUAACGUGUUCAAACAGGUGCCAUUAAUAGAGGUAACAAGUGGAGGACAGAGGAGCCUCUUGAAGUUGUUACAGGUCUGUAAGAGCCAGAAAUCUUGCUUGUUUGUAGGUGACCAAAUACUUAUUUUCCACCAUAAUUUGCUCAUAAAUUAUUUAAAAAUCAAACGUGAUAUUCUGGAUUGUUUUUUCUCAUUUUGUCUCUCAUAGGUGAGGUAUACCUAUGAUAAAAAUUACAGGCCUCGCUCAUCUUUUUAAGUGGGAGAACUUGCACAAUUGGUGGCUGACUAAGUACUUUUUUCUCCCACUGUAUUCUAUUCUAUUCUUUUUUUAUUCUAUUCUAUUCUUUAGUCUGCUGUCUUAGACGUGUAACACAUCAGAAGGAAUUUCUGUCUUGAUGCACCUGAUUUUCCAAUUAAAAGAACAAGCACUCUUGA